ACCCAUUUCAGUGUUGCACACUGUUUUGUUUACGAGUGCAGAUAAGCUUAUUUACAGUAAGAGAGAAGCUAGCUGAUCGAGUCUGACACAGGCUGUUUUUACAUAAAGUGCUGCUUAACUGAAUCAUAAUGAAACCUGCAGUGGACGAGAUGUUUCCAGAAGGAGCCGGGCCCUACGUGGACCUGGACGAGGCAGGGGGCAGCAGCGGCCUACUGAUGGACCUGGCAGCCAAUGAAAAAGCAGUUCACUCAGAUUUCUUUAAUGAUUUUGAGGAUCUGUUUGACGAUGACGACCUGCAGUGACAGCGCCUGAACACCAGUGCUUUACUGUGAAUGUGUGAAUAAGAAAAUGAACGUGUGCUCAUUCUGACCAUGACUUCUGUCUCAUUUAUAUCACGGGCAUGUCCCUCGUCUCACCGCCGCACUUAAAUAAAGCCGUUUUUGUGUUUUUGUA